UACUCGGUCGCUAUCUCUGGACCCUACUGCAGAUAGAGUUCAUGCAGAACACCUGAAGACUUCUUGGCAUGCUUCUGUGCCUUUUUAUGGAGAUUUAAAUGGAAGUUUGAAGAGAAACUCCUUAACAUCCAUGCAUGCUUUUUCUUUGGUUCAGAACUGAGGUGUUUACCUCUCCUGCUUGUAGAGACUGCUACUGAGGGACAGAAGACAGGCAACCAUGAGACUGUUUUCAAUGCUGCUUCUGCUCCUGGGGUCCUCACACGGGGUAUUCGCACAGCUGCCUGAGUUAAUGGAGGAGGAAGGUAGCGGUGUGACAGAGGUGGCUCCAGAGCCAGAACCUGUGGAUGACACCUACUGGUCAGGCACAGCCCCCAUCUGUAUGGGAGGUUGUAAGGGGAGACACCAGGAACUGAAGAAGGAUCGCUGUGGGGACUCUGACUGCUGCUGGUUUGGCUAUAAAUCGCUCUGCAGAGUGAACUGUGGGAGGCCUGAUGUGGACUAUAAUGGGAUGGUGUAUGGGAACGACUGGUGGGUGGGCUCAGUUGUCCGGUAUGCCUGUCGCUCUGGCUUCCUAUUGGUGGGGGACCCUGCCCGAGCCUGCCAGUCCAAUGGAGGCUGGACCCCCAAACCCUCCUGUCUCAGGGUGUGUCGUCAGGGCCGUGUGGAGAUCACUGAGAAGGAGCUAGAAACAGCUACCUGCUCCUCCACCUGUCCUCUUAAGUCCUACAUGGGGCCUCUUAAGCAGGGCUGCUACGGCAUUGACAACUGCAGGAAGAUGAAUCCUGACUGGAAGCGCUGGUUCACCCGCUGUGACACGUGCCUGUGUGAUUGUCACAUCGCCUGUGUAUCUUUAGGUUAAAAGACGGACAAAUUCCACUAUUGAGUGACUAGAAUAUGUAUUCCAAAACCAUCGCAAGGAUAUCGGUGAACAGCCUAACAUCACAGAUCCUCAUUGGAAUCUCAAUCGGAAUGCUUGAAUCCUCGUCGGACUAUUGCUGCUUCAUCUGCUGUCAAAAAGAGGAUCAAAGGGAAACCUAGCGAGACAUCUCUGUGGAACUAACAACAGUCUGUCGUGAGAGACUGCGGUCCUAACCUCAACAACCUCAUAGGGUUAACGUAUAGAACACAGUGGAGGUAAAGACACUACUUUUCCUCAGUUUCCUAAACAAACUCCCUGACUACAUAAAGGACUCAUCAUGCAGCGUAUAUUAACAGUUUUGACGAUAGAGGGGGAGGCCUCUCCUAGUGUAGAGGUUCUGUUGGGAUUAACGAGUUGUCCUUUAGCUCAACCUGCUCAUUCAAUCUGUCCUGGAACCUAGAAUGAGCUAGUUGUUGAGCUGAGACCUUAAUCUUGUUACCCACCGCAGCCCAGAGGAGAGUAGAGGUGUCGGUGGAAGUCAGAGAGGAGGACCAGGUUAACUAUCUAACAGCAUGUUUACUGUACUGCAUGUGGGGAUAGCUUGGAAUAACAUAAUAUGCAAUGUGUAUUUCUAAAUGGAUGGGGAUAUACAAUAUUAACGAAGUGUGUCUUCAUUUCUCCUUAUGUUACAGCCAUUGGUUGGACUGUCUGUAUUGCUUAAGAGUUACCCAGAUGUAGAUGGUUGUCCAAAGUCAAAGGUGCUUCCUCACUAACAAUGUUAGUUGUUGAUGAUUUGUCAUUGUCUUAUAAAUCCAACUCUGUGUUUAGACCAUAGGGAUCUAGAUUCAUUCUGUUUUGAAUCCAUUCUAUUUAAUUUUGUUUGUUUCGAUCAAGAGCUGAGCCUCAGGAUAUGUUUGUUUUCUUUGCGUUUGUAGCAGCCAACUCCUGCAAUGAAAUGAACAUGGCCAAGUCAAACAUUAUUUUAUCUUAGUAAUGCUAUGCUAACAACUGCUUAUUACACACAGAAUGGAAUAGUGUUGUACAUACUGGGAGAACAGAAGAAUAAGAGAUGAUUCAUAAGCACUGUUUUAGACCCGCAAGAACCUGCAUCCAUCCUGGUCUGAACCCCAGAGGACUCUGACAGUAGCUCCCAGGAGGUCUGAUUGGCCUCAUUUCCAGCCACUCAAUUCACACGCUUCCAGGGGCAGCCCAAAGUCUGGGUAACUCUUUCUCUGUGAACCUAUUAAAUGGAGAGCAACAAGUGUAAGUUCAUCAUGCACAACAAGGCAGGAUAGGCUAUGAUGACUGACCAUACCGUACAACAUUUUGAUAAGAGAAAUUGACUUUGAUUUCUGGAAGUAUGUCAUUGUAAAAUGUAUAGAAUUAAGCCUGAAAAUGUAUGAUUAUACAAGAGAUUACAUAGACUUCUCUGUCAAAUAAAAUGUAUUUAAAUUUGUGUUUAGUGUUAAUAAUGAUGCUAAUACUGACCAAUGUUCCUUACUUAAAGUCGUGGUCUGGGUCCUCCAGUCUCCUCAUGGGCCCCAAUAGUACUCCCGCUUCCACCACCGAGCUGGAGUAGACCUGACUGACCAACCAAUUCUCCAUUGGACAGCUCACUCUCACACAGACAGCCUGAUAGGCACUGCCACCCUCACUGGACCUACAAGAUGCAACAAGAACCCAAGAUAAUGAAGGCUUAUUUAUGACCCUUCAAGCGGGUAUGUACUCUCUUUAGUGUUCGAUAUGAAACCAUGAUAACCGUAAAUUAAAAGACAAGUAUUAGCAUUAUGUAGUAUUAGUGACAGUUCAAUGUGUACGCUGACAUUUACUUUCAUAUUCAAUCAACCGACAUGAGCGAUACUGUUUGCAGGCCAUGACCUACAGCAACACAAUAUAUAGAUGUGAAUGUGGCACUUUAGCUGUAAUAUGUCAGAGCACCCAAUAAAUAUAAUUGGAACUCACCUCCCUGUGUGAGUGUCCCCAGUAUCAACAGCUGCGAAAGAGCCACAGAGAGGAGAGUUGUAAGUCCUGGUGCCAUUAUGAUGAUACUACCUGCGUCUCAAAUCCAGGUGUCUCUUGCUUUGUCACACACACAAGAGCACUUCUUCAACUGUACCUGACCCCAGUGAUCCCAGUUUGAGCACAUUCCAGCCCCAUGUUGCCAUGGUUUAUGUUUCUUAUUUAUCCAUUCAGCAAAAGGCAUUGUGGAAUAAGGUCAGCACGCUCUUUAAGAACUCACGCGUAUGACAAAUCAACACUGCGCCUUUUUAUUUAUUUUACCUUUAUUUAACUAGGCAAGUCAGUUAAGAACAAAUUCUUAUUUUCAAUGACUGCCUAGGAACAGUGGGUUAACUGUCUGUUCAGGGGCAGAACGACAGAUUUGUACCUUUUCAGCUCGGGGGUUUGAACUUGCAACCUUCCAGUUACAAGUCGAAUGCUCAUAAUAACCACUAGGCUACCCUGCCGCCUAAGAAAAUGGCUUUUCUUUCAAAUGUUCCCUUUUGCUCCAUUUAAGAACUUUUUUCACAAGGCCAUUCUUCAAGCAUAUUGUGAAUAGAAAGUGACGUGUGAGCUUGUCAUUGAUAUAAUAAAGCAGAAAUCUAUCGAUCUUCGCCCUCUGACCCUGUGUUCCCUCAGGUGGCAUGGUGAAAUAUGAGGUGAAUACAAUAUAAAGAUAAAGAGCCUGGAGACAGUGGACACUAAGUGGACUUAAUCCUUCUUCAGAUAUAACCUCGGGGAGCUUUAUGCUCUAUUCUAAUGCAUUAAUAUCCUUAUUUAAAUUAGCAGUUUUCUGAAGGCUUUGCAAUGACUGUAUUGUUGAAACAUGUUUUUCUGCAGUUUUCCAGAAUCCAGUUUCAAUACUGGCCAAAACAUGAUAUAUUAUUGUUAAAGGUUUUCCUAGCAUUGCUGUGUUGUGCUCAAUGUCAACAAUCUCAAAAUAACCCAUGACUGUGUUAAUAUCUAUAAUAACCACAUGGUGUUGCUGCAGUCCCAACACCAAAACAUUAAAGGCCUGGAAACUGGUGCAACACAGUUUCUUAGUUAUUUUUUAUCGCUUGCUACUAUUUUCACAAGUAUGUGGUGAAUUUUCAAAACUCUUAGGACAAAACUCCAAACUUAUAACAUUUGUAACGCAGCCAGUCUUAUGUUCAAAAGCUUUCAUUGUGCAUUCAUUUUUUUGUGGGGGGAGACAUACCACACAAACAUUGAGCCACAAUAUAAUCCUACUGUGAAAUACAUUG